CUAGUGUCACAAACUUUAAAGUUUUCUAGAGGAUGUGAAAAGUUGUGAUGACCUUUGGUAUGAAGACCCUGAGAACAAACUGGAAUUCCUAGGGUGUAUUUUUAUACACUUGCAUUUUCAGGAUUUCAGCAGGAUAACAAGAUAGGGAUGCAGAAAAGGUUGAGGGAUAAGUUUUCGGUGAUUUGAUAAAUUAGCAGAGAUCUUUAGAGAAAUCUUGAAUUGCCCUGCUUGGGGAGGGUAUGAAUCUGAAAAUAUUUUUGACUAAAGCUGUUGUGAUUUACCAGUAAUGUAAGCAAAGUGGGGGUAGCAACAAGCAGAAGCAAAACCACAGGCAGAUCAGGUCACCAUGCGGGGUCCCAAAAUAACCCGCAGCCCCCUUCCCAGUCAGAACAGUGCAGAUGGCUCAUCUCCUCAGCAUGUCCUACUGAUCAGAUGGUUUCUUGGGCUCUUAGAAGAGUUGACAAAGGGGACGGGUCUGCCUUGGCAAGGCCGCUUGGGUUGUGCCCCCUGAAGGGGACCAGGCACCAGCGGGUGCCGCCCCCUGUAUCUCAGAGACAAGGAAGCCUCUCGCAGACUGGAAUCCAAGCUGGGGGCUGGAAGCUUUCCUUCUCGUCUCUUAAGCUGCUGAGAAAGCUGAGAAAUGGAAGCAUUUAGAUCAAAUGGCCCGUGAGUGACAGUUCCAAACUGGGCUGCAUAAGCCCCCGUUUCGAGCAGCCUUUGGGAGUGUGCUGGAGCCCCUCCUAGGAGCCCUGUGCUGGAGGCGUCCUCUUCAGGGCAGAUGCCCCCCCCUUGCCCCACAACGAGUCCCGCCAGCCACAGGGACAGAUGGGGAACAGCAAGAGUCACCCCGGACAGGAGUUCUCCUCGCGGUUUCUCCCCGGGGAGCAGGCUGAGGUCAACAGGCUGUUCGAUGCUCUGUCGUCGGAGAAUCUUGGCUCAAGUACCUCUCACAGAUCCUUCUCUCUGCAGGCACUGAAGGGCCAUGUGGGGGACGCUCUUCCCCCAGAGAUGGUCACCAGACUGUUCGAGGGCAUGCAGAGGGUGGACGGCAGCAGGAAGGCGAAGGGGCCCAGCGAGCACAUCUCCCAGAAGCAGUUCACAGUGUCCAUGUCCCACCUGUUGAAAGGAACUGCCGAGGAGAAGAGUCUCAUGAUCCUGAACAUGAUUUCUGCCUCAGGAGGUCCUGUGAAAGCAAGAGAUGUCUACAAGUUUACAGAGGACCUGAUUGGCUCUGUGGUGCACGUGCUAAACUACAGACAGCAGCUGCGAGGCUGGAGUCAGAAGCCACCCCCAGGCUCCCCGUCCAGGGUGCAGGUGCUGGCCGCCCAGCUGUGCUCCGAGAUGAAGCUUCAAGGUGGCGGGAAGCUUCUGGGGCCUCAGUGGCUGGACUGUGACUGUGACGAGGCCGUGCUCGAGGACUGGGUGUUCCGGGCCCACCACGUGGCCACGUUUCUGAGCCUGGUCAUCCACCAGGGCUUCCUCCUCCUGUGCUCGACCCUCGAGCUGGCCACCCUGGUCCCCGAGCGCCAGGUGGACCCGCAGCGGGAGUUUGCCAGCCUUCUGGACGUCCUGUCCGUCAUCUACAUCAACUCACACCUGCCCCAGGAGCGGCGGCUCCGCUGGCGCCUGCUCUUCGCAACUGAGCUCCACGGGAACAGCUUCGCCCAGCUCUGUGGGCACAUCACACACAGGGGGCCCUGCCUGGUGUUGCUCAAGGACCGUGAUGGCCACGUGUUUGGGGGCUUUGCCUCCUGUUCCUGGGAAGCCAAGCCUCAGUUUCAAGGGGACAGCAGGUGCUUCUUGUUCUCCGUCUCCCCCAGCAUGGCCGUGUACACCUGCACCGGCUACAACGACCACUACAUGUACCUGAAUCAAGGGCGGCAGACUAUCCCCAACGGCCUGGGCAUGGGAGGACAGCACGGUUACUUUGGGCUGUGGAUCGAUGUCGAUUUCGGGAAAGGACACAGCAAGGCCAAGCCCAUGUGCACCACCUACGGCAGCCCUCAGCUGUCGGCCCAGGAGGACUUCCAGUUCCAGAAGUUGGAGGUGUGGGCGGUGGGAGAUGCCCCGAAGGCAGAGCCGGCCAGGAAAACUAGGAGCAUUCUGGACGUCGACCCCGAGGCCCGGGCCCUGCUGAAAGUCAGUGGGCGGGGCUGCCACAGCGAAGGGCUCCGGGAGGUCCCUGAUGAGCACUGAGGACGGGCUGGUGUGCCGACGCGGGCCACCCUGGAGCCGGAGCGCAGCCUGCCCACCUCCCUACAUCCCGCGGAGGCCUGACUUUGGUCCAGAGCGUGCGGUUCAUGUCCUGGCGGUGCCCAGUCCGCACAGAGUACAGUUCCUCUGUUGCCAUAUGUCCAUCGGAAGGGGUGUCUCCCCCCGGAAUCCCGAGCAUACAGCUAGCAACCUGAUCCUUAGACUUGGCUCAUUCCCUAGGGAUGAAAUCCAAAGAGGACGCUGAGCUGUUGAGACUGGCCAGAACUGGCAUCUUUGGGGACUGGAGUUCUUGUAGUGGUGGUGGGAGGGGCGUGUUUCCACUCACUGGGGGUCACUGGGCCUCUGCUCAGGCCCCCCAGUUAAGAGCCUUGAGGCACCGUUUCUUCUGGUCAAGGGAAUCCCCGUGCUUUGGGGAGUAGCUUCCUCUGAUAUGGAAUUUCUGUAUUUCUUAAAAAAAAAAAAAAGCGUUAGCAGUGUACUAACAGUGUAUAGCUGGAGAUUUUGAAGGUGACAGUGACCUGGGUCUUCAGUGAGGUUGGAUGUCGGCCUUUGUCAGCUGUUCUAAGUGGGUCUGUGCUCUAGAGCACAUGGGAAACCAGGAGGUGAGCAGAGAAGCAGAGUGGCGGUCCUGUUUCUGAUGUAGACGCGGGGACACUCAGGGCUAAGAGUCCUGCUGAUACAGGCCUGUCGCAGGAGCUGGGGGCGAGUGCCUUGACAGGACCGGCCUGGGCUCCUGGCCUCCCAGCAUCACCUUGUGCUACCCGCCCCGGGGAUGGUGUGUAUCUUGGCCGUGCUAGCGGAGAUGUGGGUGGGCUGGGCCCUGUCCAGUCCAGCCCCGUCCCUCGGGGGUGGCCCAGAGAACCUCCUGACAUGCUGAGCAUCGAGCUCAGGGCUGUUGCAGGCCUGGCCCUAAGACUCCUGCCCCUGUUCUCCCUGCUCCACACUGUCCUGCUGCAGAUCUGACAAUAAAUGCUGCCUUAUUCUCGA